UGAGGGCGGGAGCUGCCCAACAAGGGUAUAAAAGUGGGCGGGGUAUCUGGUAGCCAAUCAGGAGUCAAGGAGGUGUGGCCAUUUGGGAUUGGUUUUCAAACUGGACGUGGCUCAUAAGUGGGUGGAGCCUGCCAUGGUGUGGCAGCCAAUGGACUGUGGGGUUGGCCAAGGGGGCGUGGCCAAGUCAAUAUCCCCGGGGGGGGGUAAGAAGAAGGGAUUGAACAGCAGGGUGGGUGUGGCUAAAGGGGGUGGGCGUGGCUGGAAUGGGCGUGUCCAACAUGCCCCGCCCCGCAGACCACAUCGCCCACGUGAUCGAGCUGCUGGGGGAGAUCCCGCGGCACGUGGCCCUGGGGGGGCGCUACUCCCGCGAGUUCUUCAACAGGAGAGGUGAGCUGCGCCACAUCCGGCACCUGCGGCCGUGGGGGCUGCGGGCGGUGCUGCAGGAGAAGUACGAGUGGCCGCGGGGCCCGGCCGCCGCCUUCGCGCGCUUCCUGCGGCCCAUGCUGGCCUUCGAGCCCGGCCGCAGGGCCACGGCCCGCCAGUGCCUGCAGCACCCCUGGCUCCGCCCCUAGCCCCGCCCCCGCCACGCCCCCGCCGCAAUAAACCACGGGGGAACGGC